AGACCCCAGCAACAACAACAGCCGCAGACAGCCGCAGAGGGUGAUUUACGGCCUCGCUGAGCAAUGCGGGUGUCCCGACGCGCACUGCGGCGCACCGCCUCGUGUCGCUCUGUUGACAAUGGUGGACCUGUGAAUCCUGAAGGGGCAGACAGAGCAAGUCAACAAAUUUUUGUAAUCAACCUACUGCACGUGUGGAGCCAUCCUACUCGUCGCUUCGGCCGCAGCCCAAACAGCCUGAAGGAUUGCUGCUGUUAUCUGAUGGGACGAGUCAUCCUUUGGCUGCACGGCUCCAGAAACGGUAACUACGAGACGUCCCAUGACGUAGGCGGAGGGCGUCAACGUCGGGGAUUCGCUCGCCUUGCAACCUAGACGCGGAGAUAGUACGAGCAAACAAAGAACCAUUCGCCUGAAGUUCAUCACUCGAAGAAGUUAUACAAGAAGUGAGCUGUCAGUUGAUGUCAACGGGAAAUUUGAUCGUCAGUUUAGUCAACAACUUCACGGAGGGCUACAAGCAGCAUCGGUAUAAAUCAGAUGAAUUUGAAAAAAAGAAGACGACCCUAACGCAGCAGGUCGGCACCUCUAGACAAUCCGAAGAACGUAUUACGAAGCUUAACAAUAGAGACGAAGACUCGGCGAAUGGAAAUUGAAGGCAACGAAAAAUCUAAAAACACACGUCCGUAU